UGGCGCAGAGGAUUGUGGGUAGUGUCCACAGCGCCGUGGAUCCACAGAUGCGUCCGUGGAAUUUUCCAGAAGAAGGUUUCGGUUCCUGGACUUUAGACCGGAUCUCAGGUGGACCGGGUGACGUAGGUUCACGUAGAUGAGGACCCAGCACCGACCUGCAGAACCGGAUUCUGUUAAAGUCCAGAUUUUUGAAGAAUUUCGAGGAGAACUUUGACUGAAGUCAGAGCCUGUAUACCAUUGGCUGAGAGGAACACGUGACCUGGGCUGAGCUGUGGUCACAUGAUGGUGGUGAUGCGCGAAAUUCAGACGGAUCCCGGAAGUAAACAAGCACAAAGAGCCGUGGAAACCUGGACGGAUUUACCGAAGAAAAGCGUCCGUUAGAUCAGAUGUGAGUGUCAGCGAAUGAAGAGGAGCCUCCACCCGAUCAAACACCGACGGAACAACCGGCGGAAUGUCACUGACCACGUGGGUGGACGUGGACGUCCAGCAGGUGUUGGUGGUUAAAGAAGAGGUUCCCAUUGAGCAGCAGGACCGGAGACCCGAUCUGGACCAGGAGGAAGCGGAACCACGUCCAAUUAAAGAGGAACAUGAGGAACUGUGCAUUGAUGAGGAGGGAGAGCAGCUCAUACACGGUGGUCCUGGCUACAUUCAGGUGGUGAUGGUUAAAGCAGAGCAUCAGAACCAGAACCCCGGUCCAGACCGGGAUGAUCCAGAACCUUCACCCAUUAAAGAGGAACACGAGGAACUGUGGAUCCGUCAAAGUCUGGAAAAUGAAGACGAUGAAGACAAAGCUCAGUUCUCACGACGUCAUCAAAGACAGACUGAGGAGAGCCGAGAGGAACCAGAUGGAGGGGACUGUGGAGAACCAGAACCAAAACCAGGGAGGAGCUUCCGUCCACAUGGGCUUUUUCCAACCCAGACCGAAGACUCUGAGGACACUGAGGACAGCAAAGACUGGGCGGAGAGCAGCGAGUCUGAAUCCUCCGACAGCUCGUACGAACAGACGGAAACGGAAUCAGACGGAGACGACUGUGGACGAGCAGAGCCAGAACCAGACAAGAAACGAAGAACCACUGCAAACUCAGGACGGAUACGGUCCACGUACGAGAGGAGAAACACCUUCGACGCUCAGGGUUCUGUGGAGAAACACACAGACUUUACAGGAGACAAAGCAACGUUGCAUCGGAUGAAAAACAGAAACAGGAAACACAAUGACUUCACCGAUGGAGACGUUGAAGGUAAAACCAAGCAGCACCGAUGCCUUCAGUGCGGGAACACGUUCAGUAAAAGGUCCCACCUGGACACGCACAUGAGGAUCCACACUGGACACAAACCCUUCUGCUGUUUGGAGUGUGGGAAAAGGUUCACAGUCAAAUCCAACCUGGACAAACACCUGCGCGUCCACACCGGAGAACAGCCCUUCAGCUGCAAAGUCUGUGGCUCCAGGUUCUCCGACAAGUCCAACCUCCUCUGUCACAUGAGGGUUCACACAGGAGAGAAACCCUUCGGAUGCGACGUUUGCGAUGCGUCCUUUACCCAGAAGUCGAGUUUGGAGCGUCACAUGAGGGUUCACACGGGAGAGAAACCGUUCAGCUGUCCGGUUUGUAAGAAGAAUUUUAGACAUAAAAGUAACGUUCAGACGCACAUGAAGAUCCACAUGAGAUAAAAAAAAAAGGAAACCGGUAAAGACUCAGAUGAUCUGAAAACAGGACGAAAACGCACAUUCGUCAACGUUCAACAGAAGGUUUCUACAACGUUUACGUGCAAUGUAGACUGGUUGCUAUGGUAACAAAAGGCACAUUUCCACCGCAGGAACCUGUGCCACUUUUAUGGGGGCGUGGCCAUUGGGGCGUGUCUCCAUUGCAGGAACCGCCCCCACGGAUUAAAUGAGAGGAACCUUCAUGGGGUCAACCUUAGAGCUGUGUUUCUCAACCAUUUUUGAACGAACGCCUCUUUCCAUCAUCAUGAGCCUCCUGCCACCUCCUCCUCCUCGGGGGGGUGGGGGGU